AUGAGUGAGACUAAUAACAACGUGGAUGACGACAACAGUGAUGGUUCUUCAAUACGAUUUAUUAACAGAAAGUGUGGUUGCGACGCAUAUNAUAAAUAUUAUGCCGUUAUAACCAAGAUGAGUGAGACUAAUAACAACGUGGAUGACGACAACAGUGAUGAAGACCAGUGGAUAAAUCCAACUGGAAAUCAACCGUCACUAAUACCAUUCAUGGGUACACCCGGAACACAAUUAUUGGAAUUACUCGACAUUCCGUUAACAUUAGUUAAAAAACUACUAAACAACAUCCCGAGUGCUGAGGGUUAUCACUUGUACAAUGAUCGAUAUUUUACAAGUAUCCCACUUGCUAAUGAACUCCUCAAAUUGAAGGUUCAUUUAACGGGUACUGUAAUGCCAACUCGAAAAUAUUUGCCAGCUGCAAUCAGAAAACCGAUAUUUUCAUCAAAAUCGAGUGUGGCGUAUAAAAAGGACAAUACAUUGAUACUCGCAUGGAAAAGCAAGAGGAUCGUGACCUUUCUGAGUACCAGUGAUACAGCAUCCCUCCAACCAGUUACAACAAGAACGCGCGGUGAUGAUGGCAUAAUAAAUGUAUUGAAACCAAUCGUGGCUAUUAAUUAUACCAAGAAAAUGAGAGCAGUUGAUCGCGCAGAUCAAUAUGCGGCAACGUAUUGUUUCCUCCGCAAAUCUCUCAAAUGGUGGAGAAAAUUAUUUUUUUGGGGUAUGGAGAUGUGCGUCAUCAAUUCAUACAUAAUGUAUAAAAUAACAAAACAACGUAACAAUGAAAAGCCACUAACGCACUUACAUUUUGUGAAAUAUUUAGUCGAACAGUUAGUAGGAAAUUUCCAGCGUCCAACACCACUUAUACCGCAACUCUCAACGUCAUUUCUAGACAAUAAAUUAAAUAAUCAGUUACAUUUAAUUCGUUCAGGAGGCAAGAAAGACUGUGCAGUAUGUUCCGACAGGAAAACACCAGGCAAAAGACGACAAACACACACGUAUUGUGAUACUUGCACACGAAAGCCGGGACUUCAUAUCAGUGAUUGUUUCGAAAAAUACCAUUCUUUAGAACACUACAGAGAUUAA